AUGGCGGAUUCCAGAUCCGAUAGAAGACCACCAGCACCACGUAGAGAUGAUUACGACCGACGUGGAGAACGUAAAAGAUCGCACUCUCCCAACGACCGUGGCAGCUCAUACAACAAACGACCAUACGAAAGAAACUACUCAUCAUCAUCAAAUAGAGAUUACGAUCGUCGAAAUGACCGUCCCAGCUAUAACGAACCACCACCUCCUAGGCGCCGAGACGACAUCAUUCGACCACCGUCACCAACAGCGGAAAUGCAGGUUGAUCACAUCCCACCUCCUCCAUCUGAUGAUACAAAUAAUAUUCCACCUCCACCAUCAGUUCCUCCUCCUGAUACUGAUGCUCCAGCUCCUCCACCUGUUAAGCGUGUACCGUUGAGUGUGGAAGAGCUGCUCAAGAAGAAGGAAGCUGAUUCGCAAAAGCAGGAGAAGCCAGUGUUUUUGUCGAAGGAAGAACGUGCUAAACUCGCUCUGGAACGUAGACAGGCUGAAGCAAAUGCUAUAAGACAAAAGCAGGAGGAUGCGAGAGCAUCUGCUAAAACCCUUGAUGAUCAUCAGAAUGGUGGCAGGAUGGAUUACUCUUAUGAUGAUCGUCGUGAUGAUAGGAGACGAGGAGGAGGUGAUCGAUAUGAUGAUCGCAAUGGUCGUGGUGGUGACAGCAGAUAUGACUCUAGAGAUCGUGAUAGGGAUGGUGAACGAGACCGUGAUUCUGGUAGAGAUCGCAAUCGUGAUACGAGAGAUAAUAGGGACCUUCGUGCUGCGAGUGCUGAUAGUGAGAAUGAUGGAAUACCAUUCAAUGAAAAGGAGCUAGUAGCAAUCAGGGAAAAGUAUAUGGGAACACUAGACAAGAAAAGGCGACACAUUCGCAAAAUGAAUGAAAAGAAAUUCGUCUUUGAUUGGAAUGCUGAAGAAGAUACAUCAAAGGAUAUCAAUCCGAUAUACAUAAAACGACACGAUGCUCAGCUAUUUGGUCGCGGUCAUAUCGCUGGUAUUGACAUCAAGGAGCAAAAGAAGGAGCGCUCUGGAUUCUACAACUCGUUAAUAGAAGCUCGUCGUAAUGUAGAAGAAGUCGAACGAGCCCGUGAAAUGGAAGAGAAUGAUGCUAAACGAGCUCGUCAAGUCGCAUUUGAUGAACGUCAUUGGUCUGAUAAACCGCUAGAAGAAAUGAAGGAACGUGAUUGGCGUAUCUUUCGUGAAGAUUUCAAUAUAUCUACUAAAGGAGGUAUAUUGCCAAACCCGAUACGUACUUGGGAUGAAGCUGAGAUCCCUGAUAGAAUCAAAAAGGUCAUCAUAUCUGUCGGAUAUACUGAACCUUCACCCAUUCAACGUGUAUCCAUCCCUAUUGGUUUACAGAAUCGAGAUUUGAUUGGUAUCGCUGAAACAGGUUCUGGUAAAACUGCAUCGUUUGUUAUACCCCUAUUAUCAUUCAUCAUGGAAUUGCCAGCUCUGAAUGAAGACAAUGCAUCAUUGGGUCCGUAUGCCAUUAUAUUGGCACCGACUCGUGAAUUGGCACAACAGAUUGAACAGGAAACCAUCAAAUUCGCUACCCCUCUAGGUUUUAUUUGUGUCUCGAUUGUCGGUGGUCAUGCACUUGAAGAACAGUCCUUUAGUUUACGUAAUGGUGCUCACAUAGUCAUUGCCACACCAGGUCGAUUAAAGGAUUGUCUCGAUCGUCGUAUCCUUGUACUAGCCCAAUGCUCAUACGUAGUCAUGGAUGAAGCAGAUCGAAUGAUUGAUAUGGGGUUUGAAGCUGAUGUGAACGCAAUCCUUGAUGCGCUGCCAGUAUCAAACACGAAACCAGAUACAGAUGAUGCUGAAAACUCGGAAGCUAUGCAGGCUCGUGUUGGUGAUAUCAAGUAUCGACAAACUAGUAUGUUUUCAGCUACCAUGCCGCCAGCUGUUGAACGACUCGCCAAGAAGUAUUUACGCCGACCUGCUAUUGUUACUAUUGGUACUGCUGGACAAGCUGUAGAUAAGAUUGAACAGCGAGUCGAGUUUGUGUCUAAUGAGGAACGUAAAAAGAAUCGCUUGUUGGAGUUGUUGGAAGAGCAUCACGAUCCUCCUAUCAUUGUGUUUGUUAACACGCAGAAGGGAUGUGAUAUCUUGUCCAAGGCGCUGGAAAAACUUAAUUAUAGCGUCGCAACACUCCAUGGUGGUAAAUCUCAAGAACAGCGUGAGCAAGGACUUGCAGAUCUAAAGGCUCGCCAGAAGGAUAUUCUGGUUGCGACAGAUGUAGCUGGUCGUGGUCUUGAUGUCAAGAAUGUAUCCAUGGUCGUGAAUUAUGAUAUGGCAAAGAACAUUGAAGCAUACACGCAUCGCAUAGGUCGAACCGGUCGAGCAGGCAAAAACGGAUUGGCAAUUACAUUCCUGACACAUGGAGAUUCCGAAGUGUUUUAUGAUCUCAAGAUGAUGUUGUUGAAAUCACCGAAUAGUAAAGUGCCUCGUGAAUUGUCUGAACAUGAAGCUGCUCAGAAUAAGGGUGUUGAUCGUAGGCCGAAGAAGAAGGAAUAG